CGGCAUUUUCCAUCGCCUUCAUGCUAACCUAAAAAUUUAAAGGCAGCUUUGUUUUUGGUUUGUAACAAACUUGCUAAUCUAUUUUAUUUAUAUUAUUUUUGUGAUUUAGAUUCAAGGGAAUUAUCAAAGUACGGUAACUCUAGUUUUUAUAAUCGUUUAUGGUAAUUCACAUUCUAAAAUGCCAUUCUAGGUGUGAACUGGAUGAUUUGUGUUGAAUCCAAUAACGGAGGUUUGACAAUAGAAAACGCAAUCUUGUUGAUUUAUUUCCAUUUGUUUUUGAAAUCUUUUCAAAAUGAUUACUGAAGAGAAAAAGAAUCUACCAUGGGUGGAAAAAUAUCGACCAAGUAAACUAGAUGAUUUAAUUUCGCAUGAUGAUAUUAUAAGAACUAUCAACAAAUUUAUACAAGAGGAUCAACUGCCCCAUUUAUUGUUUUAUGGACCUCCUGGAACUGGUAAAACAAGUACGAUUCUAGCAUGUGCGAAACAACUCUAUCCAAAAGCACAGUUUAGUUCUAUGGUUCUGGAAUUGAAUGCAUCCGAUGACAGAGGUAUUGGAAUAGUGCGAGGCCAGAUAUUGAAUUUCGCCAGUACGAGAACCAUUUUCAAAUCGGGCUUCAAACUCAUCAUUCUUGAUGAAGCCGACGCCAUGACUAAUGAUGCUCAAAAUGCUUUACGGAGAAUUAUCGAGAGGUUCACAGAGAAUGUACGUUUCUGCUUGAUUUGCAAUUAUCUGAGCAAAAUAAUUCCAGCGCUGCAGUCCCGUUGCACGAGGUUCAGGUUCGGUCCACUCGAUCCCACUCAGAUCCUGCCUCGACUAGAUCACGUCAUACAGGAAGAAAAUGUGAAAUGCACUGAAGACGGGAAGAAGGCUUUGAUGCAGUUGUCGCAAGGGGACAUGCGCAAAGUGCUGAAUGUGUUGCAGAGCACUGCGACUGCCUUCCCACAAGUCAACGAGGAGACUGUCUACACAUGUGUCGGCCAUCCUCUCAAGUCCGACAUACGUAAGAUUCUUCAAUGGCUGCUGCAUGAUGAUUUCAAGACCACAUAUGAUUUAAUUCAAGAAAUGAAAAUAGCGAAAGGAUUAGCUCUCCAGGAUAUAUUGUCUGAAAUCCAUCUUCUUGUACACAGAAUUAGCCUGCCGCCUGAUGUGCUGAUAAAUCUGCUAAUAAAAAUGUCAGACAUUGAGUACAGAUUGACAUCGGGCACAAGUGAGUGUCUGCAGUUGUCGGCGCUAGUUGCAGCAUUCCAUAUGGCCAGGGCAGAUCUCAAAGUGCCCGACAUCGAGGACAAUAUCGACGAAAACGAUUAAUCUGCUUAUGGAAAAAAUAUCGAAGAAAACUAUUUCUGCGUUGACCACUAAACCUCGUCAAAUCAUUGUCUAAAAUCGGCAUUUACUAUAAAAUUGAAGAUUUUGAAAAUACUUGAGAAUACUUUCGUUGAAUGUUCAGGUUCAAUACUUGAAUCGUUGGGAUGAAACAACCUUCUUUACAGUAUUCAUAUAGCACAUUUUGUUGAAUGUUAGUUAUGAAUAAUUCAUUGUUAUUCGAUAAUAAAGUUAACAACAGAACAGGGUGUAACAACGUGUCACUCUGUAUAUGUAAGUUUACAAUAUGUAAGUUUACCAAGAACUACAAUAAUUGUAGUUCUUGGUAACCGUUACACGUCCAUUUUUCCAGUAAAACUUACAUAAUACAGGGUGACACGUUGUUAUACCCUGUUCUGUUGCUAACUUUAUUAUCGAAUAACAAUGAACACACUAUCACGAACAACCAUCAAAAUAAACUGUAGUAAACAGCUGUGGUUUGGUUUGUAACAACAGCUGACCUUAAAAAUUGCUAGCGUCAACUGACGUAUGGGCCACUCUAGUUUGAAGUAUACAUGCGAAAAUAGAAGUCACUUUAAAAAAAAAUUGUUACCCAUCAUAUCUAUCACUUUAUCUUUAAUCGUUAUCUGUGUCAUCUUGUGUAUUCAAGUAUAUCAAUUUACUGGAGAAAUGUUAACGAAUAAACAUUCUUUUUCCUAAUUUU